CGGCGAGGCGUCAACACAGACCACAGUUCAGCAUCUUUUCGCAAAUAGCUAGCUCCCAGGUUCGCAAGGAUUAGCAAAAUGUACAAGUUGGUGGUGUUCUUCGCUCUCUUCGCCAUGGUGGCUGCCCGUCCGGGUUACCUGGAGGCCGGACCCCUCCUCCACAGCUACUCCGCCCCGGCCAUCAUCCACGAGCCAGCCCUGGACAAGGUGGGCGCCAUCAUAAAGACCAUUCCCAGUGCCGUCUCCCACCAGAGCAUCAGCCAGGUGCACAGCUCGGCCCACAUCAUCCAGCCCAUUGUGGCCCCAGUCCUGAAGACCUACACCGCCCCCAUCAUCAAGACCUAUGCCGCCCCAGCUCUGCACACAACCCUGCUCUCGCCCUCCUGGGCCGGUCACGGUUGGGCCCCGUCCUGGUAAACGGUCACCCGGAGAUCCCUUCCGGCAUUGCGUGGGCCGGCAACUACAUCCCCUCUCCUCCAGAUCCAUCCGACCCACUGCUUACUUGUUCUAUUCCCCCGCUGUUUUGUUUUUCUUCUAUCACAUUUCGACUGAUGUAAAUAAAUACGUGUUUCAUGCUCAGAA